GUUGAGUUGUUGCAGGGAAGCAGAUUGCAUUGGAUCGACAUUGGUUCACUAUGGCCUUGUUUAGCAUUCAACAGCUGCCGAGUCGCCCGGAGGAGCCGCGCCCGUCGCCCGAGGACGCCGCCGCCGCUGCCGCCGCCGCCACGCCCAAGCGCCCGCUGAGCCCCGCGGACGCCGCUCUCGCCUCCGUCGCCGCCAAGCGUCGGUGUGUGAGCGCGUUUGAGUUUGCCGCCGCCUUCGCUGCGCCCGCUGCUGCCGGCGCCUGCUCUGUCGAGGGCCCGGUGGAUAUGGGCGUCGCCGAUGGCUCUGCCGAGAGUCCUGCGGGCAGGGGUGUCUGCGCGUCCCCCGCCGCCGCCGCCGCCGCCGCUGGCUGUGGCGAGAGCCCGGUGUGCAGGGGCGGCGCGGGACGGGAGGAGCGCCUGUCCGCCGAGGCUCGAGAAGGGUCCUUAGAGCCCUCGCCGCUGUACCUCAACGUGAGGCGCUGGUCGCCGCCCCCGCCCCCGCCUCCGCCGCCGGCGGUCUGGUCCAGCCCCUCCUCCCGGAGCCCUGGCUCUCUGCUCAUCGACGAGGAUUGGGAG